CACGCGGUUAGAUUAAAAAUGAAUUUGUCAUAAUAAAUUAUGUAGAUCAUGAAUUGGUAAUGGAUUUGCUAAUUACAUAUACGUAAUAUGUACUUAAAAUUAAAAAACGUGUAGAAUAGUUACCGUCUUAGGAAAAAUGCCCAAACCAAAACGAGAUAGCGCGUGGAGCUGGUUGGUAUUGCUUUGUGUUUUGUGCUGCCAAAUAGUUCUCGGAGGAAUAUGCCUAUCGGGUGGACUAUUUUUUGUUAUAUUCACAGACGCGUUUGACACCAGUCCGGCGGAAGCAGCAUGGCUUUGCUCACUUCCAAUUACUAUGUGGUUUAUUUCUUCACCAAUCGGUAGUCUUCUAACCAACCGGUAUGGUUACCGUGUAUGUUCGUUUGUAGGUGGUAUCCUGGCAGCUGGCGGACUUUCAUUGAGCUAUUUUGCUACCAGCUCAACGCUCCUUUUCCUUUCGUAUGGCUUUUUAACAGGACUUGGACUUGGCAUAAAUUACAAUGGGUGUAUGUCAGCAAUUAAUGUAUACUUUGAUACAUACAAGACCCUAGCUGCCGGCAUUUCUUCAGUUGGCCACAAUCUUGGUCUUAUCAUAUUUGCUGAUACUAUUGUUUCAUUGGAGGAGAACUUCGGUUGGAGAGGGAUGCUCCUCAUACUUGGUGGAAUAGCGUUAAAUCUUUGUGCAUGCGCAAUAGUCAUGUUUCCUAUAGAAGUUCUAAGUGAAACAGACACUGAUCAUCGCUCGUCUAUAAAGAUGAGAAAACCAACGAGAAAGAAAUCCUUGAACUUUUCUGUAUUUAAAAAACUGUCCUUUGAUUUUUUUUGUAUAAGCAAUGUGUUUAUGAAUUUCAGUCAAGGAGUUUAUAUUUUACAUUUGCCUUCAUACUCUAAAGAUGUAGGCUUCAGCAGAAAUGAUUUUGGAAUAGUGCUUAUGGUGUAUGGAAUAUCUAAUAUAGUUGGAAAAGUGUUCUUCAGCUUUUUAGGGCAUCAUCCUCAAGUAAAUGUUACUAUUGUAUAUGCACUGUCACUCUGUGUAACUGGCAUUUGUAUGGGUCUUACACCAGUAUUUCUUACCCGAACUGGCAUGCUUGUUUUAGCAGGACUUGUUGGAUUUUUCUUUUGUGUGACAGGGGCCUUAAUUAACGCAAUAAUUCAAAAAAUUGUCGGAUUUAGCAGAUUUCCGGAUGGGGUCGGAAUGUCACUACCCUUUAAGGCAACUGGAAAUCUCAUUGGUGGACCAAUGGCAGGUGAGGACUUGUUUUUCUCUUCUAUGAGAGUAUACCGAUUAAAAAACGCACCAACGACGCUUGUCUCAGACCAGCCACAUGAUUCUGAAUUGUAUUACUUCAACAUAUGUUGUGUUUUGCUGACUGUCACAGGAAGUUAUGCAUUUUCCUUUUAUCUGGCUGGUGUUAGUAUGGUUUUAGCAGCGUGUCUGAUGGUACAUCCUAUCAUGCACAUAAAGCAUCGAGAGAUGAAUCAUCAAGCCAAAAAUAUUUACCUUGUCAGUGAAAAGGAGGUGGAAAUAUCUGAAACAGGAACAUUUAUUGGAACUCAAAAAGUAAUAAGCGAAAUGGAAAACGAAAGACACCUUAAUAUAAAAUCGAAAUUUAUAGACAUGGACAUGGCCGAUAGAACAUAUGAAGUAAUCCCAGAGCUAGAAAAUCGUUACGAACAGUGCCCUCGUUUAUAAUAGAAAGUAACCUCUACGCUACAAUCGCAAUAUCAACGGGUUCCACAUCAAGCAUCAAGCUUAACCGAAAAGUUUGUUUUAUGUUCGCAUUUCAAAAGUUGAAUGUCUAUAACAGUAUACUGAUAAAAGCAUUUCUUUCAAACUUUCGAACGAAUUUACUAUUGAGUUCUUAUUCUUCCAUGGAUUAAACCAAAUUUUAACCACUUUGAGAUAUUAUGAUGAGCAAGUUUACGAAACAGUUAUAAAGCAAUUUGUUAGAAAAUAUUGCAUAUUGCACUAAAUGUCCAUAGCUGUACACAAGUUGAUCAGGCGAAGCUAGUAAGCGCAGACGCCUAGGAAAAGGUGCUCGAAAUUUUGGGCAAGGGUCGUAGUGACUUCGGUGGGCUCGGUAGCAUAGGGCAACGGUUGCGAUGGCUGGCGCGGAAACGUGGGAAAAGGAUCGUUAUGACGUUUUGGUGCCAGGAAACAUGAGGCAAAUGCUGAAGUGACGUUGGUAGGCUGGGAAACUUAGGACAAAUAUUGUAGACACUUCGGUAGGCUCGGUAACCAGGGGCAAGGGCCGGAGGUUAUUCGUAGCUUAUGUAAAGUAUGCACUUCUGUAAAUCUGUAAUAUUUCAUAGUUCAUGUUACUCUAAAUCAUGUGACCAUUAUCAAGAACGACCGCAAGGGAUACAAGCAUACUCAGUUUCGUUUCAAAGCUACAGCUUUUUUUUGUUUGGUUUAAUGUCGCAACGACACAACUAUAGGUAAUUUGGCGACUUUCCAACUUUAAUAGUGGAGGAAGAUCUAAGGUGCCCCUCCAUGCAUUAUCUCAUCACGUGCGGGCACCUGCG